AUGAACUCGCUGCGGGGCAAGACCCUGGUCAGAAAGGAUGGCACGACCAUCACGGCCGAGGCCGCGCUGCGCAACAAGCGCCUCAUCUGCCUCUACUUCGCGGCCGAGUGGUGUCCUCCAUGUAUUACCUUCACGCCGAUACUGGCCACCGCCUACCGCGAAGCAAAGGAAGAAGGCCUGCCCAUCGAGGUAGUGUUCGUGUCGUCCGACCGAAGUGAGGACGAAAUGAACGCCUUCGUGAAUAACAGCCACGAAAACUGGCCUGUGCUUCCCUACGGUGACCCACUGCAGUUCACUCUCAAGGCCAGGUACAAGAUCUCCGGCAUACCAACGCUUGUGGUACUCAAUGCCAGAGGCGACCUGAUAUGCAGCAACGGCAGGUCCAGUAUCGCGACCAUGUCCCACUAUGCGUUCAAGGAAUGGCUCUGCACCACGUGA